AUGUUAAAUAUCCCAAGUAUCAAUGUAAAUACAAAGUGGCUACAUAAUGGUAUCACCGUGGCUGAAGGUAAUAGUCAAAGCAAUGGAUUUAAUCAAUUAAAUAACCCACAUGGUAUGUGCAUUGACGAUAAUCAGGUUAUCUAUGUUGCUGACUUUCGUAAUCACCGUAUUAUGGAACGGAAGAAAGGUGCGCCUAGUGAUCGGAUAGUUGCGGGUGGCAAUGAUGCAGGAAAUCGAAAUGACUAA